AAAGAAAGAAAAAAUCCCCAAAAUUCCUUGGUUAGUAUAGAAUUAUGUCAAUGGUUGUUUCCCCUUUAUUGUUUGCCUUAAUUGUUGUUGUUUUACUUGUUGGCAUUGCUUCCGCAGAUUAUCACGCUGGUCAUAGCCUUAAACCUUAUCAAAACAAUGACAAAUAUAAGGUUGGUCGUAGCCUAAAGCCAUAUUACCAACCCAACUACAACGAAUAUGAUUAUAGGACUCGUCAUAGUCCAAAUCUGUAUUAUUACCAACCAGAUGAUGAAGAAUAUGAUGAUGAUGAUGAAGAAUAUGAUUAUAGGAUUGGUCGUAGCUUAAAGCCAUACUACCAACCCGAACAUCAUGAAUAUUAUUAUAGGGCUGGUCGUAGCCUAAAGCCAUAUCAACAUAACAACAAAGGCUAUAAGGCUAAUCGUAGGCCUUACCAACCUAAUUACAAAAGUUAUAGGGCUGGUCGUAGCCUAAAGCCAUACUACCAACGCUAUGAUGAUGAGCACGAUGCUUAUAGAGCUGGUCGUAACCUAAAGCCAUACUACCAACCCUAUGAUGACGAGCAUGAUGCUUAUAGGGCUGGUCGUAGCCGAAAGCCAUACUACCAACCUUAUGAGGAUAAGCACGACGCUUAUAGGGCUGGUCGUAGCCUAAAGCCAUACAAACCCCAUGAUAAGUCAUACAAUCCAAAAGAUCAGAAGUAUAUUCCAACCACCAAUUCAUACAAAAGCCAUGAUAAUACUGGUGCUACCAAGAUUCAAGGUCUAAUAUACUGCAACAAGAACGGCCAAAAAACUAAAAUGCACGGUAAUUUUAUUCCCAUAAUUUCUAAUUCUUUUAAUCUUUUUUCAAUCGAUAGACUCUUUGGCCGCAUUCUCUUUUAUUGGUAUAAGUUGCCUCCUUUCUUCCCUUCCCAAACCUUGAUGAUAGUUUCCUAUGAGCGGGAUACACCGAGUACCGAGUAUGAUGAUAAUAAUAAUGAUUUUCUUGACUAUGAUUAUUCCCUCGUAAUUGCCGGGGCAACCGCAAAGGUGACAUGCGAGGUGAAAGACGAGAAUGGAUAUGAUACAACACCAUUCUCAGUAGAAACACAGCCAACAGACGCAAACGGUUACUUCCUUAUAAACUUAGGGAAGUACACAGUUAAACCAGGCUACACAUUUACCAACUGUAAGGUUUUCCUUGAAGAAGCUGCACCUGGUGACUACUGCAAUAGACCUACUGAUACAGGCAAUGGAAUCACUGGUGCCAUUCCCUCCAAACCAAGGAGCCUUUCUGAUAACUCCAUGCUUUACUCUGUUGGACCUUUUGUUUACAUUCCUUCCUCAUACUAAUAAUAACAUUUCAUCCUUCAUUAAUAUUCUUACUAGCCUUUUUAUUUAUAUGAUAUGAUGUUGAGAGUCGGGUUAGUUAAGUGAUUCAGGGGUGUCUCUUUCACCCUUAUGACAAGAUUUCAAUUCUCACCACUUACAAAAAAACUAAUUUUAUCUCUCCUAACCCGUAGGUAUAUAUUCUCUAGCCUACAUUGUUCAAAAAAAAAAAAAUUAUAUUUGUAUUGAGUGUUGUAUUAUUGUACUAUUUUAU